AUGAGGGGUGGAGGUUUUUAUAAAGGCACGAGUACUGAACAAACACCUUAUUUUGGUGAUAAGGAAAAAAAAUUGAUAGAAAAAAUAGUAUGGCCAGAAAUAUAUAAUAAGAAAAUAGAUGUAAAUAAAAUUAAAUUCCCAUUAAUAGAAACAUGGAUAAAUAAAAGGUUGAUUGAAAUUUUAGGUUUUGAGGAUGACAUAUUAUAUGAGUAUUGUAUAUCACAAUUGAAGCAAAGUAAAGAGAAAAAAGAUGGUGAAGAAGAUAAAUAUCUGAAUGCAAAAAAACUAAAAAUAAAUUUAACUGGUUUCAUAGGUAAUAAGAAAAGUGAUAUAUUUAUUGAGGAAUUAUUAGAACUCUUAAUAAAUGAAGAAAAAAAGGAAGAACAUAUUGCCGAUACCUUGAAUGAAAAUAAAACAAAUGAUAUAAAAAAAGUGAAAAAUGAAAAUGAAAACAUAAAUGAGAAUGUGUAUAAUGAAAAUAAAGAUAUCAGUAAUAAGGACAAAGAACAUGUCAGCCAUCAGAAUGAACACAAUAUUAAUAAUGUAAAUCUUAAAAAAGAGAAAGAAUAUACAGAUAUACAACGUGAUAAAAGAAAACAUAAAAGAUCUUUAUCACAAAAAAGUGAUUCUUAUAAAAAGAGACCAUUUAAUAAAAGAAAGACUUCUAUCGAAAGGUCUUUAUCAAAUAAAAGAUACGAUGAAAAAACUAACAAACGUUUUAAUAAAAAUUUCAGAACAGACAUAUAUAAUAGAAAACAUUCUAAAGAUAUUGGAUAUAAACAUAAUAAUUCAUAUAGCUCAAGUGAUGAUAAAUAUCAUAAUGGUCGUUCAUUAUCCAGUAGUGAUAUAUCAUAUCAACAUCGAAGAAAAGUAAAAAAAAAAAAAAUAAAUAAAAGACACGAUGAUUCGUCAUCUGAAAUAAGUAGUCAUACUUAUGCUAGUAGGUAUGAUAAAGAGAGGAAAAGAUUUAGAAAAAGAGACAUAAAUUUAGAGAGACAUAAAGAAAGAGGAUAUAUAAAUAGAGAUAAAGAAGGAAAACAUAUAAGGAGGGAUAAAGAAGGAAAACAUAUAAGGAGGGAUAAAGAAGAAAAACAUAUAAGGAGGGAUAAAGAAGGAAAACAUAUAAGGGGGGAACAAGAAAGAAGACAUCAAAUUAGGAAUAAGGAAAAGUAUAGAGAUAGGAAUGAUCAUAAGAAACCAUAUUAUGAUGAAAACAAAUCUGACCGUUCAAGAAAUAGUAGUGAUAAUAAUGAGAAAAUGAGAAAAAAAGGAAAAAAUAAAAAACACAUGAAACGUUAUACGUCAUCGAAAUCGGUUAGUAAAAGUAGCAACACGUCAAUUAAUAGAUCAAGUGAUAGGUCAAGAGACAGAUCAAGUGAUAGGUCAAGUGACAAAUCAAGUGAUAGGUCAAGAGACAGAUCAAGUGAUAGAUCAAGUGAUAGAUCAAGUGACAGAUCAAGUAACAGAUCAAGUAAUCGAUCAAGUGAUCGAUCAAGUGACAGAUCAAUUAAUAGGUCAAGUGAUAAAUCAAUUAAUAGAUCGAGUGAUAGAUCAAGUAGUAGAUCAAAUAAUCCAAGUGAUUCGUUUAAUAAUAAAUCUGAAUCUUCAGAAAAAAUUAAGCGAGAUAAAAGAGAAAAAAUAAUAAAUUCUGAUAGAAAUAAAAGAAACAGUUCUAUAACGGUGUCUAGAGAUAUAAAAAGAAAAGAAAUAGAUAAUAUAAUGCGAAAAAAAAGUUACAGAACUUCAAAAAAAAAAAUGAGGGCAUGGUCAUCGUCAGAAAGUAGCGACUCUGGAGAAAAGUAA